AGGUUGGCACAGACACACGGUGAGAGCAUCAGUAGUGAAAUUUUCCAUACAAAUGCAGAGCUUUCCAGCAACAUGAGCUCUUCAUCAGCCAACCUCCACAGCAAGCGCCUGCCUUCGGAGACAGAGCGCAGCCAGAGGCUUCCAGAUGUAGACGCAGCGCAGCAGCUCAAGCUCAGAGAGAGACAGCGUUUCUUUGAGGAGGUUUUCCAGCACGAUGUGGAUGUCUACCUGUCGUCAGCGCACCUUUGCAUCAGAGACUACAAACGGCCUCCUAUUGGCAGUGUGUCCUCCAUGGAGGUGAAUGUGGACCUGCUGGACCAGAUGGAGCUGAUUGACAUCUCUGAUCAGGACGGGUUGGAUGUCUUCUUCAGCUCUGUGGGAGAAGAGGGAGUUCUAACCUCUCCUCUGACAGAAAACAACAACAACAAGGAGGCCCUCAGUAAUGGACUAUUUCGGCAUGUCCUGGAGACUCUCGACAGCAAGUCCCGCAUGUCCUCCACAUCUUCGGAUUCCUCUUCUGACAGCCAGAAUGUCAACGGGGGACACACACCUUUGGUUGGAUCAGACGACGAGGAGACAGAUAACAGCCCAGUCAAGCAGCGAGCUGCCUCCCCAGAGACAGGAGAGCUGAAAAGUUCAAAUCUCUCUUCAUAUGAUCCUUCCCCACUGCUCAGCUCAGCAGUAAACAGCUCAGCAUGAGGCAAGGGCGGAACUUUGGGAUGAGACUUGUUAAAAGAGGCCUCAACUGCAACUGGCUUCCACAAAUCUUCUCAUUGCUUCCAAAUCUCUGCUAACUGAUUUGUAAAUUGUAAUUUGUGUUUUGGAGGUUGUGGGCAAAAACUGUGAGCAUGUUAAUCAUCCAGUUCUGGUUUGGUGAGCUCAGUUUUCCUGAAUCUGACCCUACAGGCUGAGAGAUUUCUUUUUACAGUAUUCCAGUAGUAUCAUACAGUACAGUGGAGCAUCAUGUAGAAUAGAAAUAAACAGUGGUGUCUGAUUAUUAAUAUGUUGUUUUUUAAAUCAAGAAACUGUUCUUGCAAUGCAAACUCUGUUUUCUACCCCUAAUCCUGCCAAUUUAUCUGUUGUUUUAACAAUUAAAGAAGAAAGCAAAAUGCUCUCUUUU